AGGCGUGCGGGGUCGCGUGGGUCCAGGUGGUUUGUUGCGCUUCGACAGCGUCCGUUGUUCCAGACCGUUUGCGAGAACGAGGCGCUGAGGGGGUCUCCGUGCUUCAAAGCAGCCUUUGCUCUCUCUCUCUCUCUCCUUCCCAGCUCCGUGGGGUCCUCGACUCCGGGCAGCGUCUGAAAGGGCUUUUCUGUCCGCCCCGCCCCAGGUACCAACUGCUGACCAUGUCGUCAGAUGGUCCGGAUUCCCGUGUGGCAGAGCAGAAACCUUUAGUAGACAAAGAAGAGGCCAUCACUCGUCUCCUUCCUGAUAUCGAUGUCGACAUUCAAGAACAAGACAUUGAGACGGUCCAUGGGUCAGUCCAUGUGACCAUGUGUGGAACACCCCGAGGAAACAGACCUGCUAUUCUAACAUACCAUGAUAUUGGGUUGAAUCACAAGACGUGUUUCAACCCCCUCUUCAAUAAUGAGGACAUGCAGGAAAUCACACAACAUUUUGCAGUCUGCCAUGUGGAUGCCCCCGGACAGCAAGACGGAGCGCCUUCCUUUCCGCCUGGGUACAUGUAUCCUUCUAUGGACCAGCUGUCUGAGACGCUUCCCGGAGUUCUAAAACAAUUUGGAUUGAAAAGUGUGAUCGGAAUGGGAACUGGAGCUGGGGCCUACAUUUUAACCCGAUUUGCUCUUAACUACCCUGAUAUGGUGGAAGGACUCGUUCUUAUCAACGUCAAUCCAUGUGCUGAAGGGUGGAUGGACUGGGCCGCGACCAAGAUUUCUGGAUGGGCUCAUGCUUUACCAGACAUGGUCAUUUCACAUCUUUUUGGCAAGGAGGAGAUUCACAGCAGCCACGAUUUGAUCCAUACUUACCGCCAGCACAUCAUCAAUGACAUGAACCAAAGCAACCUCCAUCUGUUUGUCAACUCUUACAACAGCCGAAGAGAUCUAGACAUCGAGCGUCCAGUUCCAGGAGUAAAUGUGAUUACUCUACAGUGCCCUUCUCUGUUGGUGGUUGGAGACAGCUCUCCUGCCGUUGAUGCUGUGGUGGACUGCAAUGCUAAACUUGACCCAACAAAGACCACGCUUUUAAAGAUGGCUGAUUGUGGUGGUCUUCCUCAGGUUUCCCAGCCUGCCAAACUUGCUGAAGCUUUCAAAUACUUCAUCCAGGGAAUGGGAUACAUGCCUUCGGCGAGCAUGACCAGACUCAUGCGGUCCCGCACAGCUUCCGGUUCCAGCGUCACCUCCAUGGAAGGCAACAGGAGCAGAGCCCACACUGGGGAAGGGGCCCGCAGUCGGUCCCAUACAGGCGAAGGGCCCAGAAGCAGAGCCCCAACUGGGGAUGCUCCCCGGAACCGUGCUGCCACGGACAUCGAGCUGAGUUCUAAUUCUGCCAAGACGACCAGUGGACAGCCGAGCCCCAAGUCGAUGGAAGUGUCCUGUUAAAACGGCGGCGCCCUCGUCCAAAACCCAAGAUCAAGCAGAAGCUUGCACAUUGCAAUAAUUAACCUAAUAACAAAUGGAUCUCUGCCCCUCCCUUCCCCAAAUCCACAGGGACCAAUUUAAAAAAAAA